GUCGUUGACAACGGCCAAGGCCCAAAGCUCACCACGCGUCACCGCUCUAGAGUCUAGACCCGCGCAAGAGUGACGUCUUCCCCGUCGCGAGGUUUUCCUUUUCGCUCUUACUCCCUUCCAAGUUCUUCAACUCCACAACUCGCGCCGCUGCUGCAUUACUCAGACACAGAGAAGAGCCGCCGCAGAACGCCGAGAUAGAGAGUAAGCGACAGAACAGCGGUCAAACGAGAUGGGGAAGAAGCCAAAGAGCUCGAGGAAGGGGAAGAAAGCAUGGAGAGCUAACAUAAGCACCGAUGACAUCGACGAAUUUAUCGAGAAAUCAACCAAAGACGCUCUCACCGGCGGUUCCCUCGCCGAGGUACCCAAUGAAUCCCUCUUCUUUGUCGACAAAUCCAAAGACCUUUCUGUGAAGAGGAAGAUUGAAAAGCACAGAGAGAAAGUGCUCCACUGUGACAGUGUUCUGCAGAGGAACCCUUUUGUUAAGGCAAUUCCUUCUUCAAAUGAUAAGAAGAAGUCGAGCAUGAAGAAUAAGAAGAAUAAGAAAGACUCUACUGAGGCUUCCACUUCGAAAGAUGAUGCUACGAAGGUUGUCCUCCUCGGAUGGAAGUCUGCUUUUUGGAGGGAAGUUGCUGAUCAAAUCUUGUCCUUGAUUCAGGAUUCCUUGGCAAAAGCUGUUGCGGAAGAAAUGCAGAAAGUCUAUCAAAGCGAGCUGGGACCUCAGCCUGUACCUUUAACUGUUCAAGGAGAUGCUAUUGAAGAGGAAGAGAUGUACUUUCUUGAGGCUGAUAAUGGGGAUGAUGAAGCAAAUGAGGAGAAUGAAGAUGCUCCAGAAAAGAGUUCUUCCAUGAAGAAAAUGGUUACAAGAGUUGAGUUCAAUAGAAGAGCUAGACUGAAAGACCGGCAGAAAAAAGAAUCAGAAGCCAAAAAGAAAGCAGAAAUUUCAAAAGAAAUCGAUAGCUUACCAACAAUCAUUGAUGAAAUAGCCAAAGAAGAUGAAGAGAAGCAAAAGAGAAUGAUGCGUCGUUUAGUGGCAAAGCAGGAAAGACUAAAACAGCAACCCCCGCGCCUGGGGAGGCACAAAUUUGUGCCUGCUCCUACUCAAGUACUGUUGUCUGAAGAGAUUACUGGCUCACUUCGCAAGUUGAAGGCGUGCUGCACUCUCGCCACGGAUCGGUUUAAGAGCCUGGAGAAAAGAGGACUGAUCCCUCCUUCAGCCAACAAGAGAAGGAGAAGGUCAGUUUGAAUUACUACCCUUCUUUUCUAACCCCGGGAAGCUCGUGAAUAGAGUUAUGCUGUUGAGAACAUUUGUUCCGAGUAGGAGAAAGUAUCUCCAGGUAUAAUUUUGCUUAUGAAUUACGUUUCUUGGCAGGUGAUACGGUGUUGGAUUUAUGGAGAUGCUGAGGAAGCAGCUGGCGUCCUAAUCGACGUGAGAGUCGAAGAUGGUUUUGAGGUUUUAAUCAAUGCAUUCUGCAAUUUUUGUAAUCCUUAAUUAUAUAGAAAUCAAAUGUAUGGGAUAUGUUUCAUGUAUUUUUUCACUCUUUGCGUGUAUAGAACGGUAUUAUAGUUCAAGUACUAUCUUCGAUCAUAAUUUUUUCCCGUUCAUUUGAUGUUUUUGCGUUCAAAGACAUGGUAUGACACUCAAAACACUGUGGGCUUUUGUAAUGGGCUGAUAGCCGAUUGAAUCUUCGGCCAUCAAUCUCGGCCCAUUUAGCGUAAACAACGUGUCGUCUACUCGUCUUUACUCUGGGAGAGGUACUGUGAAGUGUGAAAGCUUCGUCUGAAACAUUUGGAAGAGAUGCGCACGUUAGCAGCUCAUCUCCGAACGGUUCUUACCGACUGUUUGCUCGCAGUAUCUACGCGGGAGACCAGCCGGAAAUGUGCAGCGAUCGCGCAAUUUCUGCUCCUCGUCGCCGUCGGUCAAUAGAGCAGAUGAGGCGGCGGCGGCGAUGGAGGAGGAAGCUGAGAGAAAAAUAGGGUGGUUGCUGAAGGUGAUCUUCGCUGGGACUGCCACCGCCAUCGGCUAUCAGUUCUUCCCUUAUAUGGGAGAUAAUUUGGUCCUUCAGUCGAUUUCGCUCUUGCAAGUGAAGGAUCCCUUCUUUAAAAGAAGCGGAGCUUCUAGAUUAGCCAGUUAUGCUAUUGAUGAUGGAAGGAGGAUGAAGAUAGUGGAGCUGGGUGGUGCUCAAGAGCUGCUCAACAUGUUGGAGGCUGCUAAAGAUGACCGAACCCGAAAAGCUGCUCUUGAGGCUCUUGCAGCUUUGACUAAAUCAGAUAAAGCUGCUGGAGCUUUACUCAAAGCAGGUGCAAUCCCUAUAGUUCAGUCUACUCCAAGUUCAGUAGAGGAAGAGGCCAUUGACAAGUACAAAACAGGCCUACUUAAGAGGUUCCAAGAUUUGAAACAUGAUGGUUCGUCCUAGCCACGGUGUGUUAGCUUGUAAUGAAGCUAUCUUGACAGUAGGAUUAAAGAGUUAAGAGUAGGUUACACUGCAUGAACUGAUGUGGAAUUUGGUUUUGUUUCGGUUUACAUUAUUUGCUGUUGUACUUGUUGGUAGACUUGCUGUGAUCAAACAUAGGCAUGCUUUUCUUUUCCGACACGAAGCUGAAAUCAACCAAGCUGCAAGGCAAGUUCGAGACGAUCAAAUGUCUCCACUUAUCUAAUUUCCUGUCUUAGAUACCCAAGCAACCCUACCAUUCUGGUAUAAUCCUUUCUAGGUGACUGCUCUCUGGGGUGAAUGAGAUGAAUGAAUGACCCAUUCGAGUUCACCGUGAGCCUGUGACCUACUCUUGUGCUCGUCAUUGUAGCGAGUGACAAUGUCCUCUCAGCGAGCGAUCCUUUGUGUUAACUCAUUGGAUGCUGCAAUUGGAUUGGAGAAGAUGCUGUCAAUAACAAAGCGCUCUGUUCUUACUACUUCUAUAGAACAAGACACGGUAGAGAAUCUUUGUCCGUAGCAACCAAAGUAGGAGGUGGCGUGAAUACGCAAACCGUCCAUUUCCACGUUGUACCCACUCAGCUACUCU